AUGAUGUGUCGAGAUUGUAUCAUCAAAUGUCAUGCAAGCCAUCCUUUGCACAGAAUAGAUGAAUGGAACAAGAAGUAUUUCCAGUGCACCUCACUGAAAUACCUUGGCUUGCAUGUGCAGCUUGGGCAUAGUCCAGGGGAACAAUGCCUCAAUGCCAAAUCUGCCAGUGGCGAUGGCUUUGUAGUCGUUGAUGUGCAUGGCAUUCACGAGAUUGGACUCGAUUAUUGUGGGUGUGAAAAGGCACAGAUUCAUUAUAUUCAGCUGCUAUGUGCACGUUGGUUUCCAGCUACGUCUUUGGAGCCUCAGACAGCUGCAACCUUCGCUCUUUUGGAGAUGUUCCAUCUGCUGUCUUUUGAGUCGAAGGUUUCAGCAUACGAGUUCUAUCAUAGCUUGGCCCGACGCUCUGACAACAUGGGAAUGACUCCAAUCAAGUGGCGUAACCUCAAGGCUUUCAAACGGGCAGGAAAGAGUCAUGAUCCUGACGGUCUGGAGUCUAUAGACCAGGGGGACUGUGUAGUUUUGUGUCCUGCAUGUCCGCAGCCAGGGAAGAACCUGCCGGAUGACUGGGAGGAUGCACCAAGCAAUAGAAGAUGGCUGUAUGCCCUCUUUCUUGCAAUAGAUGCCAACUUUCGUCUCAAACGGAAAGCUGUAUCAAGUGAUGAGCGUGACCCUAGCUUGAAUGCUGGGUCAGCAUACUUUGUUGAAGGAUGUGAAUACAAGACAUAUCUGGCAGAACGCAUCGCUGUGCCACAAGAGUGGAGUAUGUGUGUUAGCCACAACGCAGUUAACAUGGCCGACACAAAAUCAUCAAGAGGUCUUGCAGCAACAGGUGUUGGAACUGUUGACUGUGCACAGUAUGAGAUGAAGCUUGCACAUGGUGUUGGUGAUCUACAAAAAGGAGAGAAGUACAAGAUUUGGAAUUGUUUGAACUCCAUGCCUCCUAAUCUAUGGUUUGAUCGUGAGAAGAAACAUAUACAAUUUGUUGUCCCAAAAUUCCACCUCAAUGCUCAUAUCCCUGCUUGCCAGACUCGAUUUUCAUUUAACUAUUCAAAAGGUGUGGGUCGCACAGACGGAGAAGCGCCAGAGAGAGGUUGGGCAAAUAUCAACCAGGUAGCUACAAGCACUAAAGAGAUGGGUCCAGGCUCUUGUCGUGAUACAUUAGACGAUAAUUUUAGUGACUGGAAUUGGAAGAAGGUCACAAUGUUUGGUCACACUCUCAUAUGUAAACUGAAGGAUACAGUGAUCUGUGCCAAGUCCUAUGGUGAAGAGCUCACAGAUCUUGAGUGCGGUAUCAAUGAGGUUCAUCUCACCGCCUGGACAUCCGAAGUAGAGGCCUGGGAGGAGGACAAUUCAGAGCUUAAUCCAUUUGAAAGUCGUGUCACAUCAAUGACACAGACUGCAGUCCGACUGCGACUUGCUGAGAAUGAGGCUUGCAACUUAGAGGGCAGUAUCAACACUUCUUUGCACGAUGAAAUAUCACCAUUUCAGCUUAUUUCCUCUGGAUUAGACUUGGAAGAUCAACAGCAUUGGUUUCGUGCAGAUACCGCUGCUCUUGGGGUUCAUGCCACCGAAACCCGAAGAACCAAUUUGUGUGUGCGAGGCAAUACGCUACGGUGCAAGAUCAAGGCAUGGACAGUAGUCCAAGCCCUUUAUAUGCCUGCUGUUGUCUCACUCCAUGCAGCACAUCCAUCGGCGGAUUCAGCCCCAGUUGCAGGUAAUGAUAAGCCUGAGAAUCUCACUCUGUGGCUGCCAUCAGCAUUGCUGCCUGCAUAUCAAUGCAACCAUGCCCUUUGGGUGUUGGAAUGGGAUCUGAGAUUUGCUCAGGCAAAUGAUGCCUUGAAUGAAGUACGCCAGACUAUACGACUCUCCUCCCACCUCAAGACCGUCAAGCGCACCCAUAUAUGUGGCCAACGGGCAUCAACAUGUGCUCGUAGCAUGUUGGAUCUUGCAGAAAUGAAGAAGAUGGCAAGCAAACUCAAGUACAACAAUGCACGUUCAGCACUCCUCACUCUCGGACCAUUGCUGGGCAAGGUGGCUUGGAAGGAGAGUUUACGUGUAUUGCAUUCAGAAGGCACACAAGAUAUUUCGUGGAUCUGGAAGGCACCAGACUGUAUGCCAUCAUCUCAUUCUAUUUUCUCUAACUCACACUAUCAUUCAGGCCUGCACAUUGAAUGGUGCAAGGCACAAGCGCGCACGGCUCGCUGGUCAGAGGGAGUUUUAUCACUUCUUGAAGAAAUGUGCAGGGUGAUCGAGUUUUUCUGGUGGCAGUCACGCUGGUGGAAAGAACGAGGAGGUGUGGUUGUUGUUUCCAGUUCAGCCUACUAUCAGGAGGGAGCUCUCGCCUAUGCAGAACAACAAGUAUGCCUACAGCUGACGAUGGCUAACCACUGCCAAUGA